UCACAAUUUUUACUUGAAUUUGUAUAGCAGCCUACUUGCUAUACCUAUGACCAUUUUUCUCAUAGAUUAUUAUGUCAGGGAUCCUGACAAAAGAAAAGAAGUAAAAACAAACAUCCCAAGAUUUUUUAAAUUAUGUACUAUUGAGGCACCUAUAAGCCUUUGACUGGAAAGAACAAUAAAACGUAAUCAUGCCACUGGUACUAUCUCAAGCGGAGUUUGACAAGCUGGUCUCAUGGACGGACGGCAGUCGGGAGAACAAGGAUGCGGCGCGCCAGAGCGAGUAUGUGAAACGUUUGAACGAGCAGAGCUCACGCAUGACUCGCGAGUGGCCCAAUUCUUUCGAGAAUGUGAACAAACGGAACGAGGAGUCGCGACGCGUACGCCACGAGGCCGCCGAGCAGGCCAACACCAAGUUCUACAAGAAGUACAUGCGAAAGAAACGCGAUGAACAGGCGCGUCUCAUGUACAGCGCACGCGACACCAUAUUCAAGAAUAAGGACGCGCCUAAGUUUUUUCUCCGAGCAGUUAUAGAGACCUGUGUACAGAAAGAGCGAGAAGAACAGCUCAAGUUCAAAGGCGAGCGAAUGCGGGAAGAGAGAGAACAGAAGAGAAAAGAUGACGACGAAAUCAUCCGCCGCGCGGCCGAGUGGCACGCUCUCAUGAAAACGAGGCGUCAGCGCCGUUUCGAAGUUGAUAAACAGCACCAGAAAGAAAUCCUGGAACAGGUACACCACAAGGCCGAGCGAAACCGCACGGAGCACGAAACGGAGCUGAAUUAUCAGAUCUUAGACAACAUCAAGGCCAACGAGCAGAUGGAAGCACUUAGCGAGUUUGAGCACAAUUUCAACAAAGCCGAAAAAGCCCGAAUCCUCGCCGACAUGGAACAGUCUAAGGCCGAGCUAGACGCCCGGCGGGCUGAGGAGCGCGCCCGCGACCAACUCGACGACAAGCUGAUCGCAGUCUUACAGCGCUCGCGGGCCAGGGUCCAGGCGCUGAGGAAGAAAACUGAAAAAGAUAUCCGCGACGAGCAACUGCGCGUGCUGGAGCAGAACAGCAAGCGCCUGGAGACCGGCGACGCCGCGCGCGCGGAGAAAGAGCAAGCCAGUCUGGAGGCCGCCGUCAGGGAGAAGGAAGCCAACGCCGAGGCAAGACUACGCAAGGACAGAGAGAAAAAGGCGCGCUUCAAACGCGAAAGACAGGAGGUUCAAGACAAGUUCCUUGCCGACGAGGCGCGCCGCCUGCACGAGAUCAAUACCCAGCGCCAGUGGGAGAUGAUGAACCGGUUCAAGAACCAAGAGCUGUACGAAGACUUCCAGGAGAAACUGCGUCAGGAGAAAGCGCGCAAGAUAAAAGAGUUCAGAGAGGAGACGCUCAGGCUUUGGAAAGAGCGAGAUGAGCGCGAGGCGCGCGAGCGAGCCGAGACCCGCUACUUCUUCGGCGAGCUGGCGGAGAGGAAACUGCGCGACGCGGACAACAGGCUGUUCGCGCACGCGCAGGAGCUGCUGGCCGAGGCGCGGCGCCACAACAGGCCCGACUACGCGCUGCGCAAGGCUCUCGAUGUACGUACCCAGAAACUGCGCGACGCGGACAACAGGCUGUUCGCGCACGCGCAGGAGCUGCUGGCCGAGGCGCGGCGCCACAACAGGCCCGACUACGCGCUGCGCAAGGCUCUCGAUAGGAAACUGCGCGACGCGGACAACAGGCUGUUCGCGCACGCGCAGGAGCUGCUGGCCGAGGCGCGGCGCCACAACAGGCCCGACUACGCGCUGCGCAAGGCUCUCGAUAGGAAACUGCGCGACGCGGACAACAGGCUGUUCGCGCACGCGCAGGAGCUGCUGGCUGAGGCGCGGCGCCACAACAGGCCCGACUACGCGCUGCGCAAGGCUCUCGAUAGGAAACUGCGCGACGCGGACAACAGGCUGUUCGCGCACGCGCAGGAGCUGCUGGCCGAGGCGCGGCGCCACAACAGGCCCGACUACGCGCUGCGCAAGGCUCUCGAUGUUGGCGUAGCGUGA